AGACAAAAAAUAAGAACAAAAAAGAAUACAAAUAUUGUUAUUAUAUGUUUUUUUUUUUUAUUUAUCGAUUGCCAUAUACUUGACAGUAGUGAUAAGAGUUGUUGAUUGAAGAGAAUAAAAAGUAAUUAUAAAAGUAGUUAAAAAUUGGCCACAUAAUAAGACAUUAAUGAAAGAUGAUAAGCAACAUAAAUGUGAAUGAAUAAUAUGAGCGAAUCGACUUGAUAAUUUUCAUUUGGACAGACGAAGAAUGUAGAUGUAACUGGAGAGUUAAACUAUUUGCUUAAAACAGCUAUAUUUGCAGAAUUGGAUAUGUACCCGUACGUAAAUCUUUGAUAUUGUCCUUUGGUUUAGGUGUAUAAAUAAAUGGAAGAGUGAACAUGGAAGACAUAGAAUUCAAAAUGGUAUCGACGAGUUCGAAGUACAGUUGCAAAUUUUGCACAAAAUAUUUCCAAUGGAUAAAAUUAAUUUCGGUGGAACCAACAAUGUGGCUUUAUAUGAUGGCUUUUAUGAUAACUUCGGUAGUGGAGCAAGAUUUUUUUAUAUACAAAGCCUGCAGAGUAGAUCACAAUUUAUCAGAAGAGAUAUGUGCAGAUUUGAAGUCUAACAAUACUUUAAAAACUGAAGUUCAAGUGACCGUAUCGGAAUUUCAUCAAUGGAACAAUAUUGCUGGUCACGUAGUACCGAUCAUUUUAGCAUUGUUUUUCGGAAAUUGGAGUGACAGACACGGUAGAAAAUUGCCAUUGAUUAUAGGAUUGAUCGGAAAAUUUCUAUAUUCUUUUAUGGUGAUUGUUAAUUCGUUUAUUAGUUCUUGGAAUUUAAACAUGGUGAUAUAUACCGCGAGUUUACCUAUGGGAAUGCUUGGAGGAGAUGUUGCUAUAUUUGCCAGUUGUUUUUCAUACAUAUCGGAUAUAACGACAGUUGAAAAGAGGACUCUAAGGAUCACUAUACUCGAUAUUAUUUAUCUUAGCACUAUGCCUACCGGCGUAGCCUUGGGUUCUUAUCUAUUCACAAACGUCGUAAAUUCCUCUCAUGGAAUAAUGUUUUCAAUAAAUGCUGCUCUACUCGUCAUUGCUAUUAUCUACUCUUUUCUAAAUCUUGAAUGGCAAACCCAACAACGCCAACAAAUAUCGAACGAUAAUCCUUUCAUAGAUUUCUUUGACAAAAAGCACGUAGAAGAAACAAUUAAAACGCUAACGAAAAAAAGAGAAAAUCAUAGAAGAGCUUAUCUUUGGAUUUUACUAUUAGCAAUGGCGCUAUACACUUUCCAAAGAGAUGAGAAACCUAUGAGCUAUCUUUAUACACAACUAAAAUUUAAAUGGGGUGUCACAGACUUCAGUCAAUUCAAAACAUUUCUAUCUACACUUUUUGUAAUAGCUAUGCUUAUUGGUGUUCCUAUAAUGAGUAAAUUAAUUGGAAUGAGGGAUACUUUAAUCGUUGCAGUUGGUGCUAUAGCGCAUGCAAGUGCCAGAAUUAUUUUUGCUUUAGCCUCUGUACCAAAAUUAUUUUAUGUUGGAGCGGCUGUUGCAGCUUUAGGACCUAUCGUUGCACCGGUAUUAAGAUCAAUGACUUCUAAACUUGUUCCUGUAGAAGAAAGAGUUCCUAGUUCCAUUUAUUGGUUAACAUUUACUACUCAAAUUAUGGUGCUUUUAUUGAUCUCUAUAAUACAUUUCUCAUCUAAAAACGAGCAUGUACAAGAAAAAAAUGACGAAGAAACAACUGUUCAAAGUUAUUCAGAAGCCGAUAUGUCUACUGAUGAUGUAUUGAAUCAUAACAUUCAUUUACAAUAAGUAUUUUUCCAAUUAAAAAUAGAUUUUAUAGUUUCGAUAUAUUAUCUAAUAUAUUAUGUUUCUAUCGUAAAGAGACUUUUUAAUUUUUCAUUGACGUCUCGAUUAAUAUAGUCGGAGAAUUAUAUUAUUUUUAUAUAUUAAAAAAAAAUCAAAUUUAACAUAACGAGAAAAGGAAAAAAAAUGGUAAAAAUGCAAGUUUUCUCUUGUAUUUUCAUUAAACAGUAACUGUUGACUUGUUGAAUAAUGAUUAUGUACAAUUUUUUUAAGAAGAAAAGCGUUGAACUAUAGAAUAUAUUUUUUAGCAAUUAUAUUCCGAUUAAUUAAUAUAACAAUAUCAAUUGUAAAUUACAACAGACAAAUAUUCCAGAUGAAUGGAAGAUUUCUGAAUAAAUUUUAUGUAUGUAUAAUUCUUAAUUAUACAUCACGUAUUGAUAUUUAAUUUACGGUAAAAUAUGAAUCAUCGAUUUAAAGUGUUUUAACAAAUCGCAUAAUAAUGAUCAGGAUGAAUCAGAAGAAUGAGCAAAAACAUUUAACGUAAAUGCCGUAAAAAGAAACACAACAUACAUAUGUCAUUAGUGAAUAUUAAAUGGUUUCGAGAUAAAAAAAUAAGAUAUUAGCGGUAAUUCAAAGAACGAGAUGAUUUAUCUGGAAAUUUGAUUUUGUCUUUUUAACACACGUUCAUUGGCAUCAUCGAUUUUAUAUAAAAUUUAUUUUUUACUUGCCGAUCACAUUAAAAGUAAAAUCAAAAAGUCGAUUUGUAUACAUCAUGCGUCUCAUAUAUUUCAAGUAUGUCAAGGCAUCAUCAAUAUUUUAUUGUUUAGAUAUUAUUCUCUAGAUUGCCAAAUUUUUGCGGUAACAAAUAAGAAAAUAAUAUUGUUAUUAUUUAUAUAUAUUUGUUCCUUAUUAUUCAUCAAAUAAGUUUACUUGGAAAAAAUGAAAAAAUUGCAUAAAUAAUGUUAAAUAAAAUGUUAAGAUUUUAGUAAUUUUUAGGUUUAAAUUAAUAAUCUAAGUUUUUUAGUUGUAUGUAUAAAAUAAAGAAAAAUUUAAUUGUAAAUAUCGAAUAAAAUGUUGAUAUUACAAACGAAA